CAAAGAAGAAACAUGAAGAUAUUGUUCGUUCUACUGGCUGCUUUGGCGGUCGCCAAUGCUUACAGUUACACCCACUGUGGUUGUAAACGCUUCCUCGUUUACCCCAAACCUCAAGCAUUCUGCUACCACAUCCAAUAUAAAAGUUGCUGGUGCUCCUACAAGUAUUAUGAACCUGUUCUCCAUGUUUACCCUGGAAAGGACUGUGGAACUCUAGGAUGGACAGAAACACCAAUUGAGGAUCUUCAAACUGAAAUGGAAAACCUACUGAAGGAAUCGCUGCUCGAGAUAACCAAGAAGAUGACGCUUAGAAAAGUUGUGUUUGUACGACAACUCACUAAAACUGCGGAUGAAUAUAAAGAAGAAUACAAAAAGAACAUCACUCGAUACUAUGCCUAUUAUAUCGCGUCUGCUGACAGCAUCUUAAGAAAAGAGCAUCUGAUUAAAGAAAGAAAUGAAUUAAUUGAAGAAUACAAUGAACAAUUGGACCAGAAAGUCACGGCUGCUGUUGAGAAAUGUACAACGGACAUUCUUGCUAAAAUCAAGAUAAUUGCUGCCUACCAUGAAAAACUUGUAAAGAGCGCUGUUGGGUGUCUUGAGACCCGUGAACAGAAGAUUGAGGAAUACAUUACUACAUUGGAGAAUAAAUGCAAGUUGUAUGUGGGAAGGUUCGUUUCAAAACAUUUAGCAAUCCUUGAGCAGAAUAAGAAGUAUUACCGCGCUACACUGGCUAAAGUGCAUGGAAGUGCUCUCUGGCAGAAAGCUAAAGUCGACGCUGUAAUUGAGGUCUACCACGAACAGGAAGCUAAAAAGAUCUCCGUCUUGGCAAAAGAAUACGCUGACACACUAAACACAUGCAAGGCUAAAUUGAUCACAAAUUACAGAUGCGCUUAUAAAUGCUAUAUGUCAAACUCGUGCUUACGAUUCUAUAAGAAGACAUAUUACAGUUACUGCCGCAAUCUUGGUUGCUGGUACAAAUAUACACCAAGUUACUGUGUCGUACGAAAAACUCUCUGUCCAUUCUACUAUCCAUACAAACCAAUCUCUUUCUCCUGCCUGAGAACAUGUGUUGUCCCUGCCGUCGUUCGCAAUGGAGCCACCAUAAUCAAAGAGCUGGAAGAGAAAUUGAAAAAGGCCAUCAAAGAAUACGUUGUUAUCUUUACCGCAUGGAAAACCAAAUGGACUCAAUAUCAUACUGAGUACUGCGAUAAAUACAACGAGAUUCUAAAAGAAAGACACGAAUGGUACAUCAGAAGAGUGAUCGCUCGAUUUGUCGUUGAAAACAACAGCACCGAAUUAACAGCCUUACAAAAGGCUGAGAUCGCAAAAUUAAAGAAAGAACUGAACGAACGAAGAACCGAAGCAGUCCUUACUUACAAAAAGAAAUUGCUCAACCUUCUCUUGGAAUGUGUCGCUAAAUUUAAUGAAAACAUCGAGGAAUACAAGCAGAAGGCGUUGGAUUUGAUCAAGGGAAUUGCAAAGGCAUUCGAUGCAUGCUUGACAAAGCGAAAGGCCGACAUUCUUGCUUACAGAUUUAAAAUGAUCAAGCACUCAUUCUCGGAAAAGGAAAUCAUGAGAAAAGAUAUGAUCAAGAGCAAACUCGUUCAUUUGCGCCGCUACAAAGAAAUGCUGAAGACUUAUCACGACGGUGAAGAGUUCCCCGAAGAAGUUAAUGCUAUGAUAGAAGCAUACGAGGACAAGCUUGAGAAUUACUGCGAAGAUAUAUUGGAAGAAUGUACAAAGGAUUGGAGCGCUGCGAUACCUAAGCUUACCCAUCAUUACGCGUGUAGCUAUACCUGUAGAGAAGGAAGAUUCUGUAUGCCUAGGUUCUGCUUUGGUGGAUACUUCAGAUGGGUUGUAAAAUACCCCACUGCAAAAUGCUACACUUACUACUACAGAUGCUACAGAACAACCUGCAACUACAGAGUCUUCUACCAAAAGGGUUGCUACAGAUACGGGUGCCACUAAACUGUUGCAUCCUUCGUCAGCGUAACGAGAUGCAUAUUAGAUGUAUCUUGUAGUAGUGAAUAAGCUUUACUUGACGACAAUCGUAUUGUCCUAAUGAAUAAAUAAAGCCGCUGACAC